AAGUCAAAACGAACCAGUUUUUGCUUGCAUGCUGUUAUGCCAUAUUCACAUUUAAGAAGAAGACGCGGGUAUCAGUUUAUCGAACAAUUUCUCGCAACAUACAAUUAAAUAUAAAAUAAUAAUUAAUACAUUUUAAGUCUUAUUACCGUUAGUUAAAAUAUUGCAGGCAGUUUAAAUUAGUUUCGUGGAUCUCAAAAGAUAUGUCUUCCUUCGCAAAAGCCAAGAUACAUCGUUUUAAUGAAGAAACAACCUGUGCUCCUCCUCCUGGAAGAUAUGAUCCUAAACUGGAUACUAAGAUCAAAGGCGCUGUUCUACCAGUGUCAAAAAGGUUUCCCCAUCAGAAGUGUUCUUCAUCCUCUCUGGAUAGCAUCGAGGGACCUGUUAAUCCUUCACAUGCAACAUUCAGAACUCCCCAGCUAACAAGGAAAAAGUUGAUUAAACUGACAUCAACAGAAAAGCUUAACCUCACAAAGGAGUUUAACAGUGAAAGUGGGGGUAGUUCAAGCGCUUGUAAAUCCCAGUUCCAGUUAGCAUCUGGAAUCCAAAGACAAAUAACCAGAACUGCCUACAAGAGACUCGAAAAUGAACUGUCUGAAUGUGGACAAAAACUUUUAGAACGUAACUUAGAAAUUAAAAAAUUAGAGGAAGACUUAGAAAAAGUAAAACAAAAUGAGAGUGAACUUAUGAUUAAAUUGGAAGAGAAGAACAAUCUGAUAAAAAGUAGAAGUAAGGAGUUAUUGGAACUUAAAAACAAUUUUGAUGUAUUUAACGAAAAACUAACACAAGAAAGACAAGAAAACAAAAAGUUAAUUGAUACACUAAGUGAGGAAAUUUCAGCAUUGCAAGCUGAGAAAGAAGACAUUGAAGGAAUAUUAGCAGAAAAACACAGUGUUAUUGUUGCAAUAAAUGAUAAGUACGUAGACUUAGAGAGAGAAUUACAAUCUCUUCAAGAGGAAAACAGGAAGUAUUCAGAAGAAAUAAUAAGGCUAAAAGAAUCAAAUUUAGAAAUUGUUGACAAAAUUGUAACAGAAUCUGAACUAAAAAUAGAAUAUCUUGAGGACAGUUUGAACACUAAAGUAAAAAACUUGGAGCUGGAAUUUUCUGAUGCUUGUCAAAAAGUUGAAGUUGAUUUUCAGACUCAAGUAAAUUUCUUUUCUCAUGAAUUUGACUUAAAAACGGAAGAAAUGCACAACAAAAUGACGAAAUGUUUUUCUAGUAUUAAAGAUUUAGAAUCAUUUGUAAAUGAAAAGGAAAAGGAAUUCUUAAAAGAUAUUCAAGAAGCAGAUGAGAGGUGUAAAUACAUGUAUAGAGAAUUGUGCAAAGUUGAGGAGCAAAGAGAUGAAUUAGUAGAGGCUGAUUUAGAAAAGAAAUUAGCAAUAGUUGAACUGACAGAUAAAGCAAAUACUUUUGAAGAAGAAUUAGAACACUGCAGAACGAAAUGCAAAAAAUAUGAAAUUACACUGAACAGUAUGCAAGAAACAAUAAAGGCUUUGAGUGAGCGUCUUGUAGAAAGCGAGAUCGAAGUGGAACGGCUAAGUAAAGUUGAGAGUGUCUUGGAAACUCAGAAAAUGGUUCUUGAAGAAAAGUCACAGCUUCUUCUCUCAGAUAUCACCGCAUUGAGAGAAAGCAUGGACAGAAUGGAAAAAGACAUAAUCUAUGACGUGACGGCUUUGAAAGAACAUUUAGUGGCUAAAGCAGAACAUUUUAAAGCUGAAGCAUCGAGGCAAGUUGGAAUAUUAAAUGACAAAAUUAAUGAAAAACAGAGUACCAUUGAUGUACUGUUAAGUGAUAAUAGCUAUUACAAAAAUGAGUGUGAUAUAAAAGAUAAGUUUAUAAGGGAUAUGGAAAAGAAAGCAGACAGCCUUGCAUUAGAAAUUGUUAAUAUGAAAUCUGAAUUGCAAUCACUUCAACAGACCAUUGAAGAAAAAGACAAAAUCGAAAAAACACAACUUCAGACAAUAAAAGAAUUACAAUCUAAUCUUGCAUUAGAACAGGAGAGGUGCCAUACGUUGGAAACGACAAAAGAUAGAUGUCAAACAGAAAUAUCUAAAUUGGAGCAUGAUAACAUUGAUAAAGCUGAAUUUAUUCUAGAACUUUCAAUGACAAUUGAUAGUCUUAAGGAAGCCAUAAAAGACAAUGAAACUAAAAUGUCAUGCUUAGAAGCAGAGAAAGACAGUCUGUGCCUUCAGUUGGCAGACACAUUAAGUAAAAAUUCUGAUCUGGAAACCCGACUGGAAAGUAAAAAUAUGGUUAUCAAUAACUUAACAAAUCGGUUAACUAUAGCAGAGACUAACUGUAAAGAAAAUCUUGCUCAAAUUGACAAGUUGCACACAACCAUAAACAAACACAAUGAAGAAUUGAAGUUGAACACAAAUAUUGCUAUUGAGUUGACAGAAGCUGAAGAAAAAAUUGCGGAGCUCCAGGAAAAACUCGCUUUAAAAGAAGAAGAGAUGGAGAAUCUCAGAAAAAGUUUACAAGAAGAUAAGAAGCUUUUGAGAUUUGAACUAGAGAAAAGUGAGCUUCAAGUUCAGUACGAGAAGAAAGAGAAAGAGAACGCAGAACAGGAGUUAGCUCAACUUUUGGGUCACCAAAAUAUACGCCAAAAGAUUCGUCAUGUGAACCAUCUCAAGCAACAAAACAUGGAACUGAAACAGACAAAUAUAAAUCUUGAAAUUGAAGUGAAAAUGCUAAGAAAGAAACUAGCUGAAUCGAAAGAAAAUGCACCACAGAAUGACACUCCAAAAUCUCUCAUGAAGAAAAACGUCAGCACAAAACCUUUAUCGCCUUCUGUAUUGAAGGACAGGAACCAUUGAUAGCAGGUGGCUGGUUGAAAGAAAUUUUACCAAAUAUGACAUAUCUGUGUAUUUUUAUCCGUAAUUAACCAUUUUAACUAACCAUAACCAAAAACAAAUUCUAAAUAGAACAAAUUUUACAUUAAGUUACUUUUAAAGACUGAUUAAUUAAUAUAAGAGUAUUUUAAGGUAUUAGUUCACUUAUCACUAAUAAACUGUAUAAGUGUUCACAAUUUAAUGUAUACUUAAAUACUUGUCAAUAAAUUUAUAAUAUUGUU